GCAAACGUUAAUUAAUAAUUGAAAUCGCACGUCAGCACAAAUUAAAUCAUUCACGAAGCACAAACCAACUUCAUUCGCUAACAAUAUCUAAGCAACAACGUUUCAGCGCCAAAAACCGCAGCUCCCAACUUGAGAAGCCCUGCCCCGGACAGGUUCUGAGAAGCAGGCGCCAGCGCCAAUCAAAGCCUUAUUCGCACCGUAGUUUGAAGAACGUAAGGUUGAGAUUUCUAUGAGAACCUCUCUUGUGAAGACGGGACCUCCCGUACAAGGGUGUUCAUAGUAGAUCCGACGCGACGCCGGACGGACGUACGCGCGUGGUCGCGACUCGACUAAACAUCACGCAAAAAGUUUGGACUUAACUUUUUGCGUCGCGUGCUAGGAGCCGUUAAUUUAGAAAAAAAAAGUUUGACACCAGUGUGACGUUCGGGAAUUUAUGGUGUUUACUUUUUUUCGCCGCUAAUUCGAAAUUGGAAGCGCGAAGUUUCGGCGAUGUGUCAAAUUUAAAAGUGCUGUGACAUUUGCAGUUCUAUUUCCGAACCGAGAUUAUGAAUUUAUGGAACUGUGGUUUUGACUGUUAAAAAAAGUUUCAGUUUUGCCGCCAAAACUUAGACUGUCUUAGACUGAAGACAUUUUCGCAAGAGACACGCAUAAGUAUAUAAAGUUUUUCUUCGGGUUUUUCUUAAUGUUUAUCCCAAAUUAGUUUAUUUUUCCCAUUGUGCUAAGAAGUGGUAUUGUAGUUGUGAACUACCGGGAUAAUCUGUGUUGUGUUUAGUGAUUUAAUUAUCAGAACAAUGUCGCAGUGUGAUGUGAACUGAAGUUAUGGGAACUGUAUGUGUAUUACGUCAAAAAAAACAAAACUGAAGUUCAGAACACGCCAUGCUAAAAUGGCGGCGUCCGAAAAUAGUCGUCGGUUAUUAGGCGCGCGCGCAGGCGACGCUCGGCGCUCAUUGGCCGCCCGCCGGAACCGGAUGUGGGCGCCGGAAGUGUGUCUGUGGCUGGCGGCCAUGUUGGCCGGAUGCUGCGCCCUUCAGGAGCAGAAGUUUGCUAUGGAGCCGCAGGAUCAAACGGCGAUCCUGGGCUCCCGAGUCACGCUCCCGUGCCGAGUGGAGCGCAAGGCGGGCGCGCUGCAGUGGACCAAGGACGACUUCGGGCUCGGCACGCACAGGAACCUGAGCGGCUACGACAGAUACUCCAUGGUGGGGAGUGAUGAGGAAGGCGACUAUUCCCUGGACAUCCGGGACGUGACCCUCGAAGAUGACGCCAGCUACCAGUGCCAGGUCAGCUCCGGACCCAACGGGGAGCCUGCAAUCCGGUCCCGCUACGCGCAGCUCUCAGUGCUAGUAGCGCCGGAGCCGCCGCGCAUUAUACAGGGUGCCUUCAUCGACGCCACCGAGGGACACCCUGUGGAUAUAGAGUGCGUCUCCGUGGGGGGCAAGCCUGCCGCUGAGAUAACGUGGGUGGACGGGCACCAGGCGGUCAUCAGGGACGGUGUGGAGACCAAGGUGGAGCUGAUGCCCGACGGACAGCGGUUCACCACCAGGUCGACCCUCCGGCUGACCCCCAGCAUGGAACAUCACAACCUGACGGUGACGUGUCAGGCGCAGAACACGGCUGACAGGGCCUAUAGGAUGGCCUUCGUGCAUGUCGAGGUCAAAUACGCGCCGAAACUGACCAUGUCCCUGUCGUCUCCCGCCGUCAACAACAUGAUCAGGGAGGGCAGCGAGGCCCGGAUACGUUGCGCGGUGGCGGCGAACCCCCCCGCGCACUCGUACACGUGGUACCUGGACGACCACCCCCUCGUGGGGGACUACACGGAUGAACUGAUAAUCUUCAACGUGACGAAGAAGCUGAACAACGCGGAGGUGAAGUGCGAGGUGGGGAACAGCGUCGGGAGGAGCGAGCAGAGCAUGCGCCUGCAGGUCACCUACCCGCCAUCAUUCCGCUCGAAGCCCAUGGACGUGGAGGCGGACCCCGACUCGUGGGUGACGCUGCAGUGCGACGUGGACGCCGCGCCGGCGCCCGCCGUGCGCUGGCUGCUGCACGAGCCCGGCCGCGUCGGGCAGGUCAAGGGGAAGUCGGCCACGCUGAAGCUGCAGGUCUCCAACAAGACAGCUGGACGGUACAUCUGCAAGGCCGCCGUGGAAGGGUACCCUGAGAUUGAAGCCGAGGCCAGCGUACUGGUUAAAGGUCCUCCGUCGAUUCUGUCGAACCGCACUCAACUGGCCGAAGAAGGCGAGACUGCAAGAGUCGAGUGUCUCUACCUCUCUGUGCCUAAACCUGAUGACGUCAGCUGGUACUUUGAGGGUCGGGAGAUCAACUUUAUACAGAACCCGGACUACACAUCAGUGGACACAAUCCUGGAGGGCGGGCUGACGCGCGCGGCGCUGGUGAUCCGGUCCAGCGGCGCGCAGCACUACGGGGUGUACAACUGCUCCGUCACCAACGAGUAUGGCAACGCCAAUGCUGCCAUCACGCUUAAACCACUCAAAUCACUCCCGCUCUUCAUAAUCCUGAUCGGAGUAUCCUCAGGCAUCAUAAUCUUCGCUCUGUUCACCACGAUGGUGGCCGUCUGCCACCGGCGGCGGCGCCAGGCGGCCCCGGGGCUGAGCAAGAAGCCCGACGUCACCGUGACGGGGACAGACCUGUUCAAGGACAGCGAUAGGAGCUCCAAUAUUAGCGACCUGAAGCCGCAGCUUAAUGGUGACGGCGGAUAUGAGCUGGAGUACACGAGUUCGGAGCAGUCCCACAAGAUGUCGGGCGGGCUGCCGCUGGCCGGGCCGGUCCCCGUGUCGCCCCGCCACGACGACCCGCUGCUGCAGUUCCGGUACAGCAACGACUACACCGACCCGCAGUAUACUGAUACUUAUUAUAAGCACGGCAGCCUGGGUGACUACCUGUACGACUAUCAGGGUUACCCCCCGCCCCCCACGCUGCGGGUGCAGUCGCCCCCCCUUGCGGAGCAGCAGACCAGAUCGCAGCAGGGGUCGUUGACCCGCAGCAUAGACACAGCGUCGACGCUGCCGCUGUCGGGCGGCUCGCAGAGCAGCAGCCUGCAGCGCGGGAAGGCAGACGAGACUGACGCCAUCAACAGCUUGGGCCUGCCGUUGGCUGGGGACACGCCACCCACGCCGAUCUACGCGCAGCCCCAGUCGAAGCACCCCGCCCACGGCCACGGGCUGGGCGCGCCCGCCCUCGCGCUCGGCGGCGGCGUCGACGUGCGAUACUCCGCCGCUUAUGGGAACCCUUACUUGAGGAAUAGCUCGCUAGGUUACGGCGCUCAGGCGGGCGGCAAGGCGGGCGCGCCGGCGCCGCCGCCCUACUCCGCCGUCAGGAGCUCCGUCGUCAUACCUCAAGGUAACGGCACCCAACUCUCGCACGUGUAGCAAAAGCUGAAUACGAAGUGUGUAUAAAAAAGUAUUUAGACAUGUAAUAAAUUAUUACCUUACGUAUUCACAAUUAACCAAAGACGAUGACUUUAUAAAGCCACUUCCAAUUAAACACAAAAAAAAACACAUUCGAAGAUAAUUUUGAAUACGUACGAGUAAAAUUGUAAAAAAUGUGUUCCUGAAAUUUAAAUAACGACUGAUAUUAAAUAUUGUAAAUAUAAUUAUUCUAUUCGAAUGAUAGCAGUUAAGUUAUUGUAAGAGAAACGAAUGUUAUACUUAAUUAUAAUAUUGUAAGUACUUGGCAUUAUUUUGUGUUUUCAUAAUCUUAAGUGAUCUGGCAAGAACCUUUUUCACAGUGUAA